CUGCGGAGGCCACGGCCGAGCGGUGGACGGAGGAGGUGGACAGCAGCAGUGAGGGGCAGCGGGGUCCCGGAUGGCUUUCCAUGCUGGUCACCACCGUGGCCCGCGUUGGUGGAGGUUCAGUUCCCGCCACGUGCUCCUCGCGCGCCUCCUGUGCGCACACCAGCGGCCGCCCUUGCACGCAGUCAGCGUGCCCCCGUGUGCACGUCAGCAACUGAAGCAGCAGCGGGACCGGCUAAAGCAAUACCAGAAGAGGAUCACCCAGCAGCUGGAGCGGGAGCGGGAGGUCGCCCGGCAGCUCCUGCGCGACGGCAGGAAGGAGCGGGCCAAGCUGCUGCUCAAGAAGAAGCGGUACCGGGAGCAGCUCCUGGACAAGACGGAAAACCAGAUCACCAGCCUGGAGACCAUGGUCCAGAGUAUUGAGUUCACCCAGAUUGAAAUGAAGGUGCUCGAGGGGCUGCAGGUCGGAAAUGAGUGUCUGAAUAAGAUGCACCAGGUGAUGUCCAUAGAAGAGGUGGAGCGGAUACUGGACGAGACCCAGGAGGCCGUGGAGUACCAGCGGCAAAUAGAUGAGCUGUUGGCAGGAAGCUUCACGCAGGAGGACGAAGAUGCCAUCCUGGAGGAGCUGGAUGCAAUCACUCAGGAACAGAUCGAGCUGCCAGAGGUUCCUUCGGAGCCUCUUCCCGAAAAGAAGCCAGAGAAAGUCCCCGUCAAGGCCGGGCCCAGGCAGGCGGAACUGGUGGCAGCCUCAUAACACGGCCUCCUCACGUGGGACUCGCAGGGAAUGCCGAGGACUGGGGCCCAGUGAUUGGGCGUGCGGCCGGCCCUGACCGGGCUCCCAGGAGGCCGGCGCCAUGCCGGCC